AAGGAAGGGAGGGGAAACUAAAGCGGAGAAGCGAGUUCUUCCAUCUCUCUUUCUUUCUCUCGCUCUAUCGCUCGCUCGCUUUCUGUGUUCUUCGUUCGUUCUCAUUGAGGCGGAGCUCUCGCCGCCCGGAGAUAGCCGGCGGUUUCGUGAUUCAUUGGAAGAAGGUCUCUCCGGAGUCCUUCGUCCGACUCUGGCGUCCUGCAUUCCCCGUGCGAGCGGACGAGUCCGAGCUUCUUUGGAGGUUUUCUUCGGCGAUUUUUCUUCCUUCUUUACUGAGAUUUCGAGGUCGGAAGAAAGAUCGACGGAGAGACUCCGGGGCGUCGUCCGGGUUUCUGAUUGAUUGAGUGUCUUGGAGGCUUGUGGGAAUUUAAGAGAUUUGUGAAGGUCAUUGUGUUCAAGGAUAGGAACGAGCGGAAGGUAGCCAUUCCGGUGCGCUGCGUGUAAGUUUUUGCUAAGAAAGUCGAAGAAGAAAGUCUCUGUUUGGUGCAGAUUGAAGGAUUCGGAGGGUCCUUUCGGUCCCGGUUGUUCGUAAGAGGUAGAGUUGCCAGUCCGAGAUCUAUUCUUUCCAAAGCAAAGCAUUUGUGGGGAGCUCCGAGCUUUGUUGUUUUGGGGAUACUCACAAACCCGGUUUGAAACAAAAAAGGGGCGCGAUGGAGAAAGAGGUGAGGAGUCUUAGGGGUUCCCGACUGCCGGAGCCGGACUUAUUCUUGCAGUGGGGCCACCGGAAACGUUUAAGAUGCGUCAAAGUCCAGGUUAAGGAUGAGGCCACCGAGAAGACCACCUUUAAGGUGGACAGACGCGUCGUGAAGGCCGACAAAGAAUCGCCUUUCGUUCUUCCACCGUCGUGCGCAGGACAGCAGCAUCUUAACCGGCACUCCAGGAAUUCGGAGUCAUCACCUCUAUUGGGGAUGGUGAUGAAAACCCUAGGCAACGGCGACCACGAGAAGAGCGAGAGGCAGCAGCAGGGCCACCACCAGACGAAGGUUGGGGGAGGCAAGAACGGAUUUUCGGCUCAUCAGGACGCCAUGGUGGUUUCUACCACCACUACCGCCGCCGCUGCCGCCACGACGGAGAAGAAGGGCUCUAACAACCAUAGCGGCAGCAACGGGGCCAGCGGUGUGCAUCACACGAAGGAGACGUUCGUGUGGCCGAAAUUCAUCAUCGCCCUUAGCAGCAAGGAGAAGGAGGAGGAUUUCAUGGCCAUGAAGGGCACAAGACUCCCCCAGCGGCCAAAGAAGCGGCCAAAGUCCGUCCAAAGGACGCUCAACCUGGUAAGCCCAGGCUCAUGGCUCUGCGACCUAAGCCAUGAGAGGUACGAAGUCCGCGAGAAGAAGACCUCGAAGAAGAGGCCAAGGGGUCUGAAGGCCAUGGGGAAUAUGGACAGCGACUCGGAAUAGAAGUCGUGAUUUAAUUUUGUAACCAGGAGAUGAAGGGGUUAGGCUUUUCUUCGUAUUCGUCUGAUCAUCUCUACAUAUUCUUUGAAGCCCAAAGGAUGAUAGCCUGCUACCAAGAGAGAGAGAGGGAGAGAGAACGAGAAAGGGAAAGAGAAGGGUUAACGUGUUUCUGAGGGUUUGGGGGGGGUAUUAACGGCGUUGUAAAGCUAACAGUUUGGUUCAGUUCAAUAAUGGAGGCAUCUCUCCUGCAUUCA